AUGUUUAAAUAUAGUGGAAUUUGUUAUAAAUCUUCUAAGAUGAAAAAAAAAUUGAAGAAAAAAAGAUCCAGUGGAAUCUUAUCUAAUAAAUAUUUAGAGUGUACUUUUAGUUAUUAUAUAUUAAAAAUGAAGUCCAUAUUAAUAUUUGGAGUUGCUUUAAUAGUGAAAGCGGCAUUUUCUGACCUGUUAUCGCCACCAGAACCCUUUUCUAUUGAGUCCCUAGGUGCGUUAAAAAAUGAGUCUAAUACUAAAGCAAAAAAAGCAAAUAAAAAGGGAAGUAACAUCCCAAGUAAAGCGAGCAAGGAUAAAAAGGGAAAUGGGAGUUCUGGUGACAGCAACUCGGAUUCAAAUCUGGUAGAAGUUCCACAAAACAUCCUGGAAGCGGUGAAACAAGACGAAAAGAGCUUGAGAGGCGGAAACACUGAGAUUAAACCAGAAACGGAAUCGGAAUCUGGAGAUGACUCUAAGGGAGACAAAUCUCAAACGGAAAAAAUGAAGAAAGAUCCCAUAUUGGAAUCCAUAGAAGAAGCAGAAAAGCAACUCGCAGAAGCAUUCACUGCGGUUAGAAGCAAAAUAAUGUCAAUGGGCGGAAACCAAAAACCUAUAAAGGUCGAUUGCGGAACGACGAGAGUGAGAGUGGUGUGCUCAAAAAAGGGAGAACCAGAAGAGGCAGAUGAAGAGAACCCAGAAGAAAAGUCGCAAGGGGAAACGGAAACAGAAAGGGGAGAAUCAGAAGAGGCCGGCGAGGGAGAAGAGGAAUAG